UCGCGAUCAAUAUUCAACUUUUCCCGACAAAAAAGCGCAUGCGCGGCGGCCAUCUUUGACAAAUCUAAGCCAGGAUAGUCUGUGGGUUGGAAAAACAAAGGUCGGUGAUAAAUAUUGUGUAAAAAUGAGUCCGGAACGGGAAACUCAAGAGACAGAAGACGUCUUAGAAUCCAUAGAUGAGUUAAAAGAACGACUAUCCUCCAUGAAAAAAAUGAUGGAGGAGCGAAAAGCCACCGGUUCAGGCACCAAGGACCUCUUCCAAGGGCAAGCGAGGAGUCUACAUGGAACUAAUAUGAUAGAUGGGAACUUCUUAUCAUUUGUCUUUGGCGGUUCCCUAUUCGUUAUCCUAAGUGUGUCUGUUUAUGCCUUCUAUAAUCUAUAUCAUGCUGUACUGAAGAAAUUCCCUUCGCCACACACGGAAUUGUAAAUUCGACUUUAUGUUGUAGUAAAUAAGGUUCAAUUUUAUAAUUUUUGUGAGUAAUAUUAUCAAAGAGUUCGCUCAUUGUUUAUUAGAGAUUUUCCGGGAUAAAAAGUAGCCUAUGUCCUUCCCCGGGAUGUAUCUCAAGUCUGUACCAAAUUUCAUUAAAAUCGGUUCAGUGGUUGGGCCGUGAAAACGUAGCAGACAGACAGACAGACACACUUUUGCAUUUAUAACAUUAGAAUGGAUAGAUGUCAGACACAGCAGACUCGCUGGUGAAUUUUCUGUAAAUCCUUUUUUAUCGGGUACUUACGUUUUAUUAAAUCUAUUUUUUUAAAUUGUGUGAUGGGCUUGUAUUCGACGACAAUAAUGCUAAUUAAAAGUAAUGAUGAUAUCUAGGGUGGGAUGCACUUGACUAGAAGAUGCCUAUCUAUCUAUUCAAUCUUGCUUUGAAGGUAUAGAAAACACGGACGCCGGAAGGGUAUUCCACACCUCAGCGGUCUUAGCGGUUCGUAUCAGAAAUGCUGAGCAAAUAACCACACAAAGGUGCCAACGUUCACGGUUCUCUGGUAUUAGAUAUCGAAUAUCGAUUGAUUUAUCCACUAUAAAUUGACGCCUGACGUUAUGUUGGCACCAUUGCAAAUCACACAAUAAUAAACCCUAAAUUGUAGAAUAAAGCAAGCAAAACAAUGGUGCCAACAUAACGCCAGGCGUCAAAUUAUAGUGAGCGGUCAAUAGUAUAAGCUGAGGUAUAAGGUACUAAGGGUAAUCUAAUUUUGAAAAAAAUCUGCAUGGGAUUUAAAUUAUGAUGUAAAAAAGCAUUAUGAAAAAAAUAUAAUAAAUCAAAUUAAGAGAGAACGCUAGAUUUAAUUUCAAUAUCAAUAAAAAGUUUGAAUUCUUCAUAAAAU